AUCCCGGCUUAGAGAUAACGAAUUCUAAAUUGUUUUAUUAAACCGUCUCCAGUGCGUAGUUUCACUGUAUUCUGUUACUCCCGAGAUGAUUGGUUCAAUUGGAGCUGCUGCGGCAGCAAUUUGUAUAAUUAUAUGCACUGCUGCUCUCCAAGUGGAAGCAGGCGGGGCUGAGGUCAAGUUCAAGUACGAAAUCAAGGAGUUUCAAGUGCCGCUGGACCAUUUCAGCUUUCUGAGCAAUGCCACCUUCAACAUUCGGUAUCUGUACAACGAUUCCUUUGUGGACAAGAAGAAUGCGCACACUCCGAUCUUCUUUUACACUGGCAACGAGGGCGACAUCGAGCUGUUUGCGCAGAACACGGGCUUCAUGUGGGAGCUGGCCGAGAAACAGAGGGCACUGCUGAUUUUUGCGGAGCAUCGCUAUUAUGGAAAAUCACUGCCAUUCGGGGCCUCAACGUUCAACGCCAGCCUGCCGGAUCACUUGGCCUACUUUACGGUGGAGCAGACGCUGGAAGAUUACGCAAUGUUGAUCACGUUCCUACGCAACGAUCUCCCAUUGCCGGUGGUGGCCUUUGGCGGCUCCUACGGCGGCAUGCUGGCUGCCUGGUUCCGCAUGAAGUAUCCGCACCUUGUUGCCGGAGCAUUAGCUGCGUCGGCACCCAUUCUCCAGUUUCCUGGCAUAACCGACUGUGAUAUAUUCUACAGAAUAGUCACAUCGGUGUUCCAGAAUGCCUACAAUUCCAAUUGUACAACUAACAUUGGCCGUUCGUGGAAGACCUUUGAGACACUGGGUGGAACCGAGGCAGGCAAGAAGCAAAUCUCCGAUGCUUUCCACCUGUGCAAUCCCAUCAAAAACGAUGCAGACCUGAAGAAAUUCCUGGACUACAUAGAGGAGGUCUACGGAAAUCUAGCCAUGGUCAACUAUCCGUACAACAGCAGUUUCCUAGCUCCGCUACCGGCCUACCCAGUGCGUCAGGUCUGCUUUUACCUCAAGGACCUACACCAGAACGACGCAGAUCUGCUGCAUGCCAUGGCCAGUGCCCUGGCUGUCUACACAAACUACACAAACUCUGCCAAAUGCCUGGACAUCUCUGUCAACUCGAAUGCCGACGAAUCCGGCUGGAAUGUGCAGACCUGCAACCAGAUGGUCAUGCCAUUCUGCUCCAACGGCACCGACACCAUGUUCCGUCCCUCGAACUGGAACUUUAAGGAGUUUUCCGAUAAAUGCUACAAGGACUACCGUCUAACACCCAAGCCUUACGACAUAAUCCUACGUUAUGGUGGCAGGAAUAUUGAGACGGCCACCAAUAUCAUAUUUAGCAAUGGCCUGUUGGACCCAUGGAGUGGCGGCGGUGUUUUGCAGGCCCCCAAUAAUAAGGUGGAUAUUAUUAUUUUGCCGGAGGGCGCCCAUCACUUGGACUUGCGGCACAGCGACCCUGCUGAUCCGCCAUCGGUGCGCGAUGCACGCAAUAAGGAAGCUUCUAUAAUUGCACGAUGGAUUCAAGAGUUUGCGUACUGAAACAAUGGGUAAAUCACAACACUCUUUCAGAGUUUAGCCCUCUUCGAACAAACCAUACAAAGCCAUUAUAAUCAAACAUU